CAUUUUUCUAAUAGUCCACCAUUAGAAAAGUGAAAAUCACUUUUCUUAAAAUCAAAGUCUUGAUUUGAAAAAUUGUUCUAUAUUCAUGAGUGCUCAGGUAAGUUUCCACAUUUAAUUUACCUUCGUAAUAAUUUAACAUAAUAGAUCUUGUGAAGAUGAUGUUUUUUCUUUAAUCUUGCGGUUCUAUUCCAAUAGGUGAUAGAUGUUUAUAAUGGACAGACAUUCAAGUGGAUUUGGCUCUAUAGACAAACAGAGUCUAAACACUUCUACAACCCCAGAGACAUGGAUUCUGCUGAGAAAUCUAUAAUAAGGUCCUUUGAGUUGACAUUUCACAAGAAAAACAAGGACCUUGUCCUUAAUUCUUACUUGCCAUACAUCAUGGAAGAAGCAAUAUUGCAAAAACACAAAAACAAGACGAUCAAGAUUCAUACUGUGGGUUACGGAAAGAUGUUCUGUUUACAUAACAUGUGGAAGUCGGUAAAUUUUUAUCAUCCCGCCACUUUUGAGACAAUCGCGAUGGAAUCAGACCAGAAAGACAUGAUCUUGAAGGAUUUGGAGAAAUUCAUGACGAGGAAAGAGUAUUACAGGAAAGUAGGGAAGGCAUGGAAAAGAGGGUAUUUGUUGUUUGGUACUCCGGGGACUGGGAAAUCUAGUUUGAUAGCUGCAAUAGCGAAUUAUUUGAACUUCGAUAUAUAUGAUUUGGAGUUGACUGCAGUGACGAGGAAUUCAGAUUUAAGGAAGUUGUUGGUUGCCACAACCAAUAAGUCAAUUUUGGUGAUUGAGGACAUUGAUUGUACCAUUGACUUGAAAGCUAAUUUGGUUAAUCGAGCUAUGUAUGUUCGUUCAAAUGAUUUUCAUCAGUCAGAGAGCACGGUAAAUUAGUCUUUUA